ACUCGGCGAUGGAUUGGCCACAGUGGGAGGAGGCGGGUUUUUGAGGAAGGAGAAGCUUGUGAUUGGUCGGAUGUGCACGAACUGGAAUAAUGGCAGGGGAAGAGGCGGCCCAAAUGCAACCUCGAAGCUUGGGAUUGCUCGGUUAGCCAAGGCGAGGCGUAAAAGUGACGCACAUCCGCGAUCGCCUUGAGUGACCGAGACUGCGACCAACGGGAGGCGGUGGAUUAAAGGAAGAAAAGAUGGCGGCACCUCCACCGGCGCAGCCGGCGCCCCAGCCUCCGCAACCGCCUACGGCCGGCGUCUCCGGCCCAGGAUCGGCGGGUGCCUCGGUUCCGGGGCCUCCGCAAGCUCAGGCGCCGCAGCAGCAGCAGCCUCCCUCGGCACAGCUUGUAGCGGCCUCACAGAUCCAGGCAGCACAGAGCGGCCUCCUGCAGCAGCAGCAACAGGACUUCGACCCUGUGCAGCGUUACAAGCUUCUGAUUCCUCAGCUCAAAGAGAGCCUACAGGUGAUUGGCCCCGAACCCCCAAGGGAGAACCUGAUGAAGGUGGCGGCCCAGAACCUGGUGCAGAAUACCAACAUCGACAAUGGCCAGAAGAGCAGCGAGGGCGGGCUGCAGCGCUUCGACAAGAGCCUGGAAGAGUUCUACGCGCUCUGUGACCAGCUGGAGCUGUGCCUGCGCCUGGCCUAUGAGUGUUUGUCCCAAAGCUAUGACAGCGCCAAGCACUCCCCGACACUGGUGCCCACGGCCACCAAGCCAGACGCGGUGCAGGCAGAGAGCCUACCCUACCCGCAGUACCUGAGCAUGAUCAAAGCCCAGAUCAGCUGUGCCAAGGACAUCCACAACGCCUUGCUGGAGUGCUCCAACAAGGUCACGGGCAAGCUGCCAGCCCCGGGAGGGCUCUGACCCCGGGACAUCCACAGCUCCACAGCCAGCUGCAACAGCAGGAGCAGGGAAGCUGGCCACCGGGGUGACCUUGGCCCCCAACAACUUUCGGGGAGGCCUGGGCUACUGGG